AUGUCAUCAUCUACGAUGAAUGCAAAACAAGAUUUAGAAAAUGAUGAUGAUGAUGAAAGACAUACAGCACCAAAUGACUUGAAAGAAUAUUGUAUGGUUUUGGAGAGGUUAGCAGUUGAUAGAGACUUAGUAUUGAAUAAUUUAGGUGGUGAUUGCGGGAGAGAAGUUGCAUUAGUGCACGCCGGCCCAGUUGCAACAGGUUGUUUGGCGGAGAGGCACAAGGGGCGCAUGCGCGCUGCUGUCGACGAUGCACCCUGCCACAAUGGUCUCCACCGCUAUCACUGA